ACAAAAAAUAAUAGCUGUGUAUGUAAGAGUCUAGGGUAUAUAUCGAAUGGACCAACAAAAUAUGACCUAUUAGGCUAUUACCACCAGUGUCACAGUGUGCACUGUGCACCCCACGUACCAAGAGUCCAAGACUAAAGCGCAUAGCAAAUUAGCAGUAUAGCAUGGGCUCCUAAAACACAAAUGUGCUGCACAUAAUAAAGUUCAUCUAGUCUUCCCACAAAUUCUAACCCCACAAAGUGAUCAAUGCUGAUAAAAACGUCACCUUCAUAGUAAUAUUUUCUGGGUUUUGUAUCAAAAUUUCGUGAAAAUGGAGGAAUUAUCUGCAGAAGUAAUAAGCUCAAACACAACACAUCUUCAUCAAACUAACUGCAAUUCCCUUUCAGAGACCUUUGUUACAUCCACAAGUCUGUCGAUAGAGAGCCAAACACGAUAUCCACGCAAGAUCAAAAAAUCGCAAGCUUGUGUAAGGAGAUAGAAGACAAAAAUUCAAGAAUAGAGGAAUUAGAACAAAAGAACGGUCAGGAUUGUGUUUCUCUUACCAAACUUGUCACGAGCCUUGUUCAAGAGAUUGAGCACCAAAAUAAAAGGAUCAAAGAAUUGGAGCAGGAUCACGAAAAGAAAAACGCAGCUUGUACAAAAUCUUCAAGACUAGUUAUUAGCCUCAUGGAGGAGGUUGAUUGCAAACAUCAGCAAAUUGUUGACCUGAAGCACACUUGUAGUGAGAUGUAUACUGAUAUUAGAAAGCUGGUGGAGGAGAGAGAUUACUGGCAUGAAUUAAACAUCCAAGGAGAAGUAAAUUUGCGGAGCCUAGGUCUAAGAAACAGAAGGCUGCAAUCUGACCUGAAUUCUGUCAAAAAGGAGCUUAGUCAUGUUCUGUUGGCAAAACGCGUGGAUGGACCUCAAAGUAACGAGGGACAGAGUUGUUCAAUGCAAGUGACAGGUAGUACAAACAUUGAUAUUGAUGCUCUGAAGAGAGAAGUGGAGGAUAAAACAGAAGAAGUGCUUUACUUACAAAACCUCAACCAAACUCUUAUACUCAAGGAGCGAGCAAGCAACAAUGAACUUCUAGAUGCUCAGCAAGAAUUGUUAAGUGGUCUGCAAUCAGUACUGAAUGACAGAACAAUGCUUGGGAUAAAAAGAAUGGGAGAACUUGACUCAAAAGUUUUCCUUGAUGCAUGUUCUGAGAAGUUCCCUAAAGAAGAACAAGGGAUUAAAUGUGCUGAAGUAUGUUCACUUUGGGAAGAUCAUCUGAAAGAUUCACAAUGGCAUCCUUUCAAGCACACUACAAUAAAUGGGAACCUGCAGGCCAUUAUUGAUGAGAGCGAUGAGAAGCUUGAAGAGUUGAGAAAAGAAUGGGGUGAGAAAGUAUACAACGCAGUGACAAGUGCAUUGGUGGAGCUGAAUGAGUAUAAUCCCAGUGGGAGGUAUCCAGUUCCUAAAAUUUGGAAUAUCAGGGAGGAAAGGGAAGUCAGUCUGAAGGAGGUUAUUGGGUAUAUUAUCCAGCAGCUCAAAACUCACAAACGCAAAAGGCGGUAACUUGUAGCUAGACUUUUAUGUUAUGUUAUGCAAGGCAAGGAUCGCGUUAUUAACUUGUUAGGACUUUCUUAAUACACCCUAUACAGGAAGGGUACUAGGGUAGCCUUACUAACCUUGAAGUAGAAGCAGUACGUAGUUGUUGAUGUUACUUAGCUGCUUAGCGGCUACAUUGAUUAAAGGAGUAGGAAGGAAGAAAAUUGUAGUUAAAAAAGAAGUGUUGUCAAGUAUGCUUUCAGUAUUUGCAAUGAUAAUGGAUCCGACUAGCUAUGUGUAUAUAUUGGUCUCACAUUCAGAUCAAAGAAUGUACUCGAUAGCUUACUCAAAA